GCGACCCGGUCACGAGUCACGAGUCGCGAGUCGUCAGUGCGGCCGCGGCGCUGGCCGGCGCUGGCCGCUUACAUUAUAUCGUAUAGGAUGACAUACAUAUACAUUAGCGUUGCGAGUCUGCGGAGCCUCCGAGUGGAUGAUGGAUUGUUAUUGAAUUAUAGAUAGUUAUCACAAUUAUACAAUAUUAUAAAGGGCUUUUAAUAUUUUUUACAAGUGAUUUUAUCAGAGGUGUAGUGCUCCUGUCGCCCGAGGGUGUCUCGUCGUCAGUCUCACUUCACCUUCUGCGUUAUCUCCGACUACUCACUCACUGUCCACUCACUGACUCACGUAUACACUCAUUAUAUCGUCGGGAUAAGCUUGCCGUUACUUUUUAAUUCAUUUUUUAAACUGUCAUGUGACUGAGUAGACGUUUGUUAUUCAUGAUUUAAGAGAGACUUCGACUUGUUCCGGAGUAGAAGUUAAGUGACAUUCAAGUGAUAAAGUGUGUGAGUGCGUCGUGACAAUGAUAGUCGAAAUACAAGAGGAGGUUAGAGGGAAGAGGCCUUUUAAGAUAUGGGACAGUUCGAGGAAUGUACGGAAGGGGCUGGUGGUGACCAGCUUCGAGGAACUCAUACAUAGAGGUAAGGAGAAGCUAUCAGUAGCGGCGAGCGAGCCCGUGAGGCUGGUGCUGGAGAGUGACGGCACUCAGGUCGAAGACGGGGAGUACUGGAGGACGCUCCCACCCAACACUGUGCUGCUGCUGCUGAGGCAGGGGGAGAGAUGGUAUCCUACAGGGGUCGACGUCAUCAAGGCUGCGAUAUCGGCGAUCCCCAAGAUUGUGUGCGAAACGAUACACGCGCUCGAGUUACACGAUGAGACGCCUUCGUGGAAGAUCAUGGACAACAAGGGGCGUGUCACAGUGGUGCUGCACUGGGACCAGCGACCCCAGGCCUCGCCCGCGGCGCGCUCGCCCUCCCGCCAGGUCAAGCCGGACCGCAGGCCCUCGCUCGUGAUCCAGACGUCUCUGGAGCGACCGCAGCCGCCGCCGCCCCACAUCACGGUCGUCAACCACGACGAACCUGGCCCGGCGCGAGCUCGUCUCUCCCGCGCGUCCUCGUCUCUCGACCACCAUGUCCACACGGCGGAGUGUCGCGCCGCACCGCCGUCCCACGCCCCGCAUCAGCACCCUCCGCACGCACCGCACCGCCCGCCCACAGACGAAUGCGAUUUCCACUGUUGUGCGCUGCACGAGGAAGGGCGGCGUAUCGCGGUCCACAAGAGCGUUGCCACCUCUCCCAUCCAGGACUCUCAGCCUCGCGCCUCUCCCCAGGGAAGGCCGAAGGGUCACGUUCGGUUUCUAGACGCGGAGUCGGCGCGGCGCGGGGACCGGGACUCGUCCGAGAGCGAAACGGAGAACACUCUCGUCGAGGACGAGGCCGUCACUUCGGAGAAGUUUCUACUCCUCAUCGACCAACUGAGUGUCGACCAGAAACGACACCUCACCAUCAAAGACAUUGGCAUCAUAUUGGAACGGUUAAGUUCGAAGAUACUCGACGUGGAGCGCCUCGAUCGCGAGUCUGAGUCGGACGACUGUUACAAUUGGACGAUAAAGGCCACCAUCAGGGGGGACGCGUUGAGGGAGCUGGGUGUCAUCUACAAUGGGAACUACUACGCCAUCAGCGAGCACCCGGGCUACCGGGAGGAGAACGAGGAGGCCGGAGACGAGGGCGAGGAGGAAGAGGAGGAGGACAGGCUCUGAUCGGGCCUGUGCGGCGCGGCCGUGCCCGCCGCCGCCGCGCUGCGCCUAGCGCUGUGCCGCGUCGCCGCGCGCUGACCCGCCGCACCUUCACCUUACCCUGCCGCUCUUGCCACCCGAAACCUCCGAAACAAAGCAAUAUAAACUCACAAGGUUUCGUCGGUGAGCCGACCGGGACCCGGCGUCCGCCUCGAGGAACGUGGACAGCGACCAGCUCGGGUGACGGACCGUUUUCGGUUAACCUGAUUAGGAUGUGGAUGUCGAGGAGGUCGGAGUCAAGCCGGUGUCGUUAGAUCAUCGCAGCCGAAGUUCACGGCGAUCGAACGCGGCGCGAUGAAAAGACUUUUUAUGAAAUUUUUAAAUUACGGAUAAGCGUGAACCGCUCGAUCGACACGUACGAUGACGCUGAAGAGUAUAUUAAUAGUUAAUAAAUAGCAAAAUAUAAUAAGGAGAAGUGACUUCCUAUCAUAUGUGAGGUAACGAUCGCGUGUGCCGGUCACGACAUGCGAUCGGGUAUUUACUGUAGAGUAAAGAGUAUAUCCAGUGUCGUUAACUGAAGCACAAAUAUUUAUCAUCGACGUAUUGUCUGUAUUACUAGAUAAUAAUAAACUAUAGAACGUUUAGGAACGAAUUACGGUGUCACAGUUUGGGAAUCAGAUGUUUUUAUAACUUUGUUAUUGGUAUGUAACAAACGAACUAAGUUUUCGUUAGUCACGGCUCACGGCAUAUCCACAGUCGAUCACUAGUGUUGCUGCAGACCCAAUCUUCGUUUCUUUCAUUUGUUACGCCAUCGACCACACACUGCCCACCGCUCUAACAUAAUCAGUAUCUGUCAUCAUCGUCACUCUGAUACUCGCUGUAAUGGACACCCGAUCAUUUAAACAGCUAAGUCUUCAUGCAGCCAUGGAAGGAGCGAGUGCAGUUAAACGAAACUUAUUAUAUAUGGCAGUAAAUGCUGAAUAUUUAGAAAUUAAACUUAGAUGGAUUGAAAGGAAACUCGACCGGGCUAGACUGAGGAGCGGUUUGCUCUAAGUGCUUUAUUUUUAUCUAACCAGUAAGUCGAAAACGUGGCAGCUACGGUCGGCGUCAAGCGAACCCGAGGCUCGAGGGACGUCAGGUUCGGCUGAUGUAUUCGGUGUUGAAAAAAAAGGUUGUAACUAAAAUACGAAUGUACGUUAUCGCAUCGCAUCUUCGCAUCGGUAUGUGGUAGAAGUAAGUCGAUUCUUGUAUUUGUAAGGUCUAUGAUAUAUCGUAGUAUUAUUGUAUAAUUUACUAUUGUAUAGUUUUUAAUUUUUGUAUAGUACCGAUAUAAUAAAAGUUCAACAAGUCGCACCGCUACCGCCCCGGGGCGGCGCGAGCUGUAUAGUUGUGUAAGGUGUAACAUUAAUACUACCGGGUACCGCGUGGACUGGACACGGGAGACGGGAGACAGGAGAGCGCACUCACAUCACUAGACUCUGAAAGCGAAUCUUUACUGCCGGAUGUCGAUGUUCUGAUAGAUACUUUCGUUUGUGCUGUCCCUUUAUUUCUUGAGCACUUAUGACGGUUCAUGAAAAUAUUCAUAUCGUUAUAUAUAUUUUUCGUUCACUAUACAACAUAUUUACAAAUAGAUUUAUCAAAUUCAUUGAUUAAUGUAUUAUCUCAAUUCCAACACUCAGUGAAAAGAAUAGGUCAUAGGAUAUUUAAAUUAUAAAAUUGAAAUACGAAAUGUGUCUAUGACAGAACCGUGACAUUGCCAUUAGCAAAAUUAUUUUCAUGAACCGAUAAAUAAACCUAUCCAUUUUGAUGUUUUGAUACAUAUUAUAAGAAUAUGAUUUUAAGGUUUGAUAUUGUGACUUGUCUUUAUGAAUUCUAAUUAAAUAAUUUCUAUAAAAUACUAUUGUUCUAAAAAUUUAGGUGAAGCUAUUUCGAAAAAGUGGCAAGUUCUAAUGAAAGAAUAAUGUGACUCUACGGAACAGAUUGGCUUACGAUAAAAUAAUAAAUAAAAUAAUCAUGUUGAUAGUAGAAACAGACUAUAAUAUUAUUAUAAAAGCGAUUUAAAAAUAUAUUUAUUUUAAUUUAAAAUACCAGUGACUUCAAUGAACUACAUCCGAUGACUUCUUUUAGAUGUUCACGUAUGUUAUGAAUUCAACCACUGCCACUAAAAAUACAUAUGUCGUACAUCAUUUAUUAACCAGCUACAAAUCAAGCAAUGCUAUGCCAUCACUCACCCUUGACAUCUGAUUGCAGGAUUGUUAUGAAAAGUUUUGUUAAAGAACGUAUACAUUUUAAUUGUAAUAUUAUGUGCCUAUUGAGUAAUAAAGUAGACAUUUUUAUGUAGAUACGCUUUAUGGAGAAUAUGUUAGUGUAACGAUUGUGGCAACAUUACACAUGUAAGAAAUUGCGAUUAUUGAGAAACAUUAGAUAUAUUAUAUGUUUUCUAUGUAAACGGUUCUUUUUUAAUGUUAUUAAGAAGAAUUAGGUCAUAUUAUACAAUCACCCGUUGCAUUUUUUGUACACAAUUAUAGUUACAUAAAAUUUUAUAGUCUUAUCAUGGUGUAUGUCCCUCAAACGCAAAUUCAAAAGUAUCGGGGGCGAUAUAAUUAUGACGUAUAUUGCGUAGGUACUGUGCUCGGAAUGUGUGCCAAAUCGAAUAUUCGUGAUAGAUUAAAAGCGUUAGAAUAAAAAUGAAGUCACUGAUAUUAUUUCUAAGUGAGAAGUUUUUAUUACGUAAAUAAAUAUUUAAUACACGGAAUGGAGGAGUGUGAAUGUUCAAAUUUUAUAUCAUUUUUUAAUAUGUUAUUGGCUCAAUAUAAAUUAAUAAUUUGAUCCCAUUCGGUCUCUACGCGUCACUCAUUUCAUUCAGAUUCGUGUUUGUUUUUUUUUAACAUAUUUUGUUAUAAAUAUUUUCGAUUUCUUUUACCUAUAUUUUCUGUAACCGGAGAAGUAAAAUUCGAAGAUUCACCAACUUAUCUUUAAAAAUAUAUAAAAUACAUAACACCGCCUUGGUUCUAUAUAGGUGUUUAAGAACGCCAUCACAUUAUCGGUUUCACUUUAGGCCACGUUUAACAAUAUUUUUAUUACUCUGGAUGAAAACCAGAAUUAUUCCAUGUUAUAUGUUAUUUUCUCUAGUCCUGUAACUGUAAUCUUCCACGGUAUUCUAAUUCUAAGUUUCCACAGACGUUGUCCGGUUAACUUUUUCUAUUGUUGCAGACGAAAAGCAAUGAUUAUAAUCAUUUGUAAUUAUUUUAUAAAUUAUAAGUAUCGGGUUUUUAAGUAUGUAUCAAAAUUACUUCAAAAAUAUCGAAGUCUUUAAAAAUAUACCACCUCCUUUGUUAUGAAAACUUUUAUGUCAAUAACCUAGAUAGACAAAUAACAUGUUUAGUACUAAUGUAUAACGAUGUGAAGUACGUAGAAAGAUUAUUUUUUAAAUUUGUUUUAUAAAUGUACUUAUAAUUUGUUGUAAUGUCUGUCUCUAAAAGACUUCGAUAUUUAAAUGUAAAGACAGCGUAUGUGUAAGUUGUUCUGUUUUUGAUGACUGUGAAGACCGGAUUCCGUUAGUAACAUUAAGCGACAUCUCGAAAAAACUUCACUGCCACUAAUUUAAAAAUAAAAAUAUGUGAAAUGA